GUCCGUGUCACGUCACGUGACAAUGUUUAGGUCGCAGAGCGGAACAAGCCGCUAGCAGCUAACACGGUGUGUGCGGCAGACAGGGAGCACCGCGGACUUAUGUACCUGAUUUUAGUGACGAUUUGAUACACGGUAGUUUAAACGCUCAACCGAGAUAACCAUGACUGGACAGAGAACCAUAGAUCUUGUGGCCGCUUACAAUCAUUUUCUGGAAAAACAAAUCGUUGACCAGGGGUCCAGUCUGCCAUGCAGAGACGUGACCCUCUGCAAUGAGGUGGAUGAGCUGCUUAAGAGUGAAGAAUUUACUGAUGCACAUUGUCUGGGUUUGGAUACUUUGAACAUCAUACUAGAGUCUCUGCAAGCAGAAGUGACUGACAGUAGGCGACCAACAAAAGUCAGAGCAGGGCUAAAAGGCCUGGCCAAAGCAUUUGAGGUGCUUGAACAAGCAGCACUCAACCUGCACCUGGGUCCAUGGAGGGAAGAGUACAAAAUUGUCAAAAUGUAUUCGGGUAUAUUUACCCACUGCAUCAAGCCAGUGUUCUCCACACAGCAAAUAGAGCUCCUCUUCGGCCUGCUGGGUUAUAGGCUGUGCUUGUCACGACGGGAACAGCUCCACCUUCAGCCUCAAAAAGUCAGUUCAGCCAGGGUUGAUGAGCUGCUGCGCUUGUCCUGUGCCUUCUUUGUGGCUCGUUGUGAGUGUCGCCUCCUUCUGGCUGUACUGGGAAAGUAUGCUGGUCAGGCUCAAUGUGAGCUCAGCAUUGUGAGAGAGAGGCAAAGAGGACACAGCCUUCAGAUUGCCCUUGACAGCACUAUGAGGCUUCUAGAUGUCAAGCAGCCUCUACAAGAGUUGCCUGAAGAAAGUGACAUGGAUCUGUACACAGAUGAGCUGGAAGGAGAGCGCCUCAGAGAAACGCCUGUCGAUGAAUCCCCUCGCUCUUUAACUUGGAUGCCUGAUAAAAGUGCCAAUGGCAUGUUAAAGGAGUCUGUAUACAUCUCUACUUACCAUCUCAAGCAGCCCUCUGCUGACUUGCAUGCCAAUGACUUCUUGCCUACCUCCCAGCGUGCCAGCCAUUUCUAUAGAGACACCUCUGGAGACAAGAUGGAGGCGUUACCUGGUAGUCUUGAAGAAAAGACUGAUCAUGAGGUUCUAAGCAUGCUGACUUGUACUUGUCUCGAAGUGAAGCGCUUAAUUCUUUAUAAAUGCAAAGAAUGCCAAACCUACCACCAUGUUAACUGUCCCAAAUUUCAGCCGUGCUUCAAAAAUCACACAGUAGAUUUAGUUGAGGAAAUACCUGAGCAGCUCACACCAAUUCGAGCAACAGCUUCGCAACGUAGAGGAAGUAUAUCACCAACUCUGAACAACUGCAGUGACACAUUUUCCUCGUUAGCUUUGCAUAAUCAAUCUGAAUCUGCUAUAUCGUUUAUCAGUCCUUUAGCUCUGCAUAGGUGUUGUGAGAUCGUCAACCAGGAUCCCCAGAUCUUGUGUUUUAGGUGCCAGGUCUUUCACACUGACUAUUGCAAUGAAGCAAAGAUCUGUCUCAAUUCCCAUGAGGCUAAAAAGUUGGGUUUGUGUUCUGUCGGUAGAUGUAGUCAAAAGGUCCACAUGUUAUGCAAAUACUGUGGAAAUGAAUACUGCAAAGACUGCUGGUACAAAUCACCUCUUUACUGUGAAUGCGGUAAAAAUUUUGACUUUUCAUCUUCUGUCUAGAAAGUCAAAUUUAAAUUGAGACUUUACAAAUAAUGAGGCUAACAAAGUGCCUUAAAUCUGCCAGUAUACAGAAGCAAGUCUGCUCACACCUCACCAAAGCAUUCUGAGCACAAGAAAAUAGCUAGCAUUCAUGAUCAAUACAAUUCUGACCUUGACAAUCUUUCUUUCACCCCCAUUUAUGAACAAAUCAAACACAUGAGUACAAAAUAUGUAAGUUCUUGUUAGUUGACUCUCCAAGUUUGUCUAUAAAUGUAGUUAAAUGCGUAUCUAUGCUGUACUAAAUCUUAACACUGCCAUGUCAUGACACUUAAUGCUGUAUUUUUAUGUUUUACACUUCCACUGUAUGUGCCAACUAAAUAUGCACCUUAAUUAAACUUUUCAAAUAGG